AUGAACUUUGCUUGGGAUGCAAUGAGUGUGAAGCCAUCUGGAAAUGUUAAUCUAGCGAGGCAGUCUUCGAUAUACUCCUUGACUUUUGAUGAGUUACAGAGUACGGUCGGCGGAGUUGGAAAAGAUUUUGGAUCAAUGAACAUGGAUGAACUCUUGAAGAACAUAUGGAAUGUUGAAGAGACUCAGGCGAUGACAUCUUCGACCGUUGGAGGAGGAGGAGGAGAAGGACUUAAUAGCACAAUUGGUAGUAAUUUGCAAAGACAAAGUUCCUUGACUUUGCCAAGGACACUUAGUCAGAGAAAAGUUGAUGAGGUUUGGAAGGAAUUGAUGAAAGAUAAUGGAAACAGUGGUUCAUCUAUGCCUCAGAGACAACCAACAUUAGGUGAAGUGACUUUGGAAGAGUUUUUGGUGAGAGCUGGUGUUGUGAAAGAAGAUAUGCCUAAUCAUGUUCAACAAAUUGAAAGACCGAAUAAUAAUGAAUGGUUCAGUGACUUCUCCAGAUCAAACAACAACACCAAUUUACUUCCCUUUCAACAACCAAAUCGAAAUAAUGGGGAUAUGAAUGACAGUAUUAACUUAGUUCCUAAACAGGUUCCUGUUCCUCUUCCUCCUUCAUCGAUUAACUUGAAUCACUCGCAACGGCCGCCACCCCUUUUCCCGAAACCUACAAAUGUAGCAUUUGCUUCUUCUAUUCAUAUGCUAAACAAUGCUCAACUUGGUAACCCGGGUAGAAGGGGAGGGAUGAUUGGAGUUCAAGAGCAUUCAAUGAAUGGUACAUUAGUUCAAAACAGUGUAGCUCCUGGUGCUGGAAUGCUUGGUUUAUCCGCGGCGAAUGUCACGGCUCCUAUUGCUUCUCCGGGAAGUAAACUCUCCCCAGACAUAAUUACAAAGCGUAAUUUAGAUCCUUCAAUACUUUCACCAGUUGCUUAUGGAAUCAACAGAGGGAGGAAGUUUGGUGCUGUAGAAAAAGUAGUCGAAAGGAGACAAAGGAGAAUGAUAAAGAAUAGAGAAUCAGCUGCAAGGUCACGCGCUCGCAAACAGGCCUACACGGUUGAACUAGAGGCUGAAGUUGCAAAACUUAAGGAAGUAAACGAGGAAUUACAAAGAAAACAGGCAGAGUUUAUGGAAAUGCAGAAAAGCAAGGAGGAUAUGGUACAGGUAAAUAAAAUAAGAUACUUGAGAAGGACACUUACAGGUCCAUGGUAG